AUGCGAAAGAUGAUGCCGGCUGCGAGGACUGGAGGCGAGGGGGAGCCAAGUGCAGUUCGCACCUGUAGCUGGGAGAACGUGAAGGACUUGCCAUCCCCGCACCUGGCAGUGGUGUUCAUGCCGGACCGUGAGAACUUCGCCUUUGAGCCGGGUAGCAGCGAGGUGCAGGAGGGCCCCUCGAGAGCCAUACCGCGCGAGGUCCUGUCCCAGCUGACGGGGGUGCCAGUGGUGAUCACUACUUGCUUCAAGCUGUCGACAAGACUUCGCCAACGCCUUGGGAGUUUGGGCCGCCUGCUGCUGCUCCAAGAGACGCGCUGCCCUUUCUCCUCAAGCGCUGGGGAUCCUGACCACGAGUUCGCCGACAAUUCGUGGAUCACGGCUGUCGAAGGGCCCGACGCACUGGAUUUUGUGAUGAACUUAGAUCUAUGCAUCGAAGCGCCACCGGCCCUGGAUGAAGACCAGCGCUUGCCUGCAGUGUUUUGGGGCAUCCUUGAUCUGAAGUACGACAGCUCCAAGCCCAUCCUCGAGCGCGUGCGCGUCCUGGAGACGGGGGACGGCCGGAUCUCCAAGUUCAGUGGAGAUGGCGCGGCACUCCAGGAGCGGCUGCGUAGCAGGUACACCUCCAAGGAGAGCGUUGUGCUCCGCAAGUUUCACGUGAUCUCGGCCGACAAAAAGCUGACGCAUGACCUGAUGGAGCUGGCAGGCUACGGCCACAUCGUGCCAGGUCAGUGCUGCUACCCUCGACACUACACCAUGGAGCUGGCAGACCAGAUUACCACGGACUUGGACUUGGACGAUGGUGACAAGGUCGUCCUAAAGCUCUGCAACCGCAGCCGCGCCGCCGGCGUGAUCGUCGCACCAGUGGACGAGCUGGACGAGGUGCUGGAAGAAAUCCUGAUCCCACCAGAGAAGAUGGAGGCGUGGCUUCAGGAAAAGCUCCGCCCCUUGCAGGAGGGAAAGAAGGCGGCGGGCGACUUCGACCUGGCCAUGACCUCUGAGGGGACGACCCAGGCUCCGCGUGUGCUCCCCCCUUUCCCAGGUGAUGAGAUUCUUCUUGGGGCUGCUGUCAUGCCGGGAGGGGUGGGGGGGAUCGAUGAGGACGGUGAAGAUGCUCGACGGGAUCUGGGUGAGUUGUCUCUUACGCCUGCUACGGCCUUGGCCUCGGAUGCAGUCAUCCAUGUUGUCGAUGAUGCUGAAGCUGAUGCUGCCGCUGCUGCUGCUCUUGCUGCUGCUACGGGGCCUCUUCCUCUUCCUGAUGCCAAACGCUCGCGCCGUGCUGGGGCUGGUGAGGCCCUGCCUGCAUUCGGAGUUCCCCCACAUGUGCCGAGCUAUGACAUUGCUCGUGAAGAUGCCUCUGAGGAAGGCCCUCUCUUUCGCGGGGCUGGCCCUCCCCUACAGGUCGCCCACCCCCCCCCGGCCAAGGCCCCCACCCGCUCGAUGCUGACUGAUGAGCCGGUGCCCCCCCCCUGGGUGGUAGCACUGCAAACGAGCAUGCAGUCCAUGCACUCCAAACAGGAUCAGGUGGCGGGGUCGGUCGAACAACUGGGCAGGGAACUGGGGGUGCAAGCUAAACGCCUGGAUGUCCUUCGGGGCACGGUCGAGGAGCACGCAAGACAGCACCGUGACUCGCAAGAGCGUAUUCAAGCACUUGAGGCCCAGGUCCAGCAGUCUGUUACGCUUUCACAACUUCAGGACAUUGAGGCUCAGAUGAGAGACCUAAGGGACCUUGAGACCCGACUCCGGGAGCUCCAGGACCAGGUUAAUCACCUGCCUGUGUCAGGGCCCCAGACCCCCCGCAUGAAUGGCUCUCCCAAGGACAUUGAAGCCGAGCUACAGGUGGUAGUAGGGGGCUGGUCGGAGGCUCCCCGCUAUGCUGCCGAAAGGGAGGUCAGAUCUCUCUUCCACGAAUGUGGGGUCUAUGACGCGCUGGCAGAUCUUUGGGCUCCUGGGCAACGCACUAACUUUGUACGUGCAACCCUUCGCUUUCCCUCUGACUGUAAGUCCCUCCCCGCCAAGAGUAACUACCAAGUAGACAUCCUCAAGCGCCUGAAACAGGAUCGAUGGACGAGUGCUGUGGAGGGGUCUAAGGGCAGCUUUCUCUGGGUGUCGCGUCAUCGCACACUUGAGGAAAGGCACAAGAUCAGGGCUAUUCUGCAGUGCAAGGAUUUCUACGACGCCAUCAGGCGAAAGAUGCCGGAGAAGGCGAUCCCUCAGCCGGAAUUUGACUGGCGGGGGAAGGUUUUUGUGGGCAGGCAUCAGAUGCUUCUUGCCCCGUCCCCAGGACCUUCCCACUCCCCCCCCACAGCCCACGACCUUGCCCUGACCGACGCUCGGGGUGGCUACACCGGAUGGGCUGUCUCGGCUGCCAGGUUCGCUCUCGUGUCGGGGCUCAAUGAGGCUGACCUCUUUGCUGCCUGGCAGGAGCAUGGGCCUCUUUCGGGCAAGGACCGCUCGUGA